GAUGGCGGCUGCGUGUCUUUAUUUUGCAAAGGACGAUGGUUAAAUUCCAAGUUGCAAAGUGUGAUGGGAUUUUUACGUCAUCUUCGCGCCAAGUUUAUUAUUUCUCUCUCCAAGCCGGGAUUUCGACGCCACAUUUUCACUUCUUUGAAAACUUUCUGGCGAUUCGCGAUCGGAUGUCGACUAUGUUGUCUAAUGUCUCUUUAGAUCACGACGAAGGCAUGGAUGUUCAAGAAGCAAGCACUUUUCGGUUCAGCGAAGAGCCCUCCCUGGAGAAAAUUCGGCAGAUGCAGUCUGAGUUCGCAAAGGAGAGGGAUUGGGAUCAAUUUCACCAGCCCAGGAAUCUUGUGCUUGCAAUGGUUGGAGAAGUUGGAGAAGUGGCUGAGUUAUUCCAGUGGAAAGGAGAGGUACAGGAGGGACUUCCAGAUUGGACUCCCAAAGAGAAGCAUCAUCUUGCACAAGAACUUAGUGAUGUACUAGUCUACCUCGUCAGACUAGCAGAAAAAUGCCAUGUUGAUCUUCCUCAAGAAGUGGUAGCAAAAAUAGCGGUAAAUUCUAAGAAAUAUCCUGCACACCUGGUCAAGGGAUCAAGCAAGAAAUACACAGAAUACAAGGACAUGAAUUCUUCAAAUCCCUGACAGAGGUUCAUGUAUUAACUGUAUAUCUACUGAGAGCUCCAAUGUCUCCACUUUUUAAAUGAAUGUACAUGUAAAUAGGAAUGGGCAUGACACAUUAUUCAGGAGGGACGACUUAACAUAUUUGCUCCAGAAUAUUUUCAGUUUUCAGUUUUAGGGGUAUCUACAUUGUGUACACUGAAAAACAAUGUUUUUUUUUUAAUUUUUUCGUUCAUAACCCUUGAAAAUAACUUUCCUUGUAAGUAAGUCAAUGAAGUGUACACUUUAUUUGGAUUUUUUUUGCCUUAUUGUUAAGGCCUGAUUUAAUGUAUAACUAAUAUAUUUCUAUGAGAACUUUUUAAAUUUUUAGCCAUAAUUGUAUAAACCAUUGUUGUGUUUUAAUUCUUUUAAGAAAAUAAAACUGAAUCUUUGCAUUUUCUCAAAGCAGAAGCAACAUCAUAGGUAUGUAAUUUUUGAGUUACUGCUUAUGAAUACAGUCGAACCUUCGGUUGUGACCACUGGUUGCAACCACCUCUUCUCAGUGACCACCUCUCCUCAGUGAUCA